AUGACCAAAGGCGAGACUAUCAAGUGCAAGGCCGCCGUCGCCUGGGAGGCGGGCAAGCCAAUGUCGAUCGAGGAGGUCGAGGUUGAGCCUCCUCGCGCUGGCGAGGUCCGUGUGCAGGUUACCCAUACCGGUCUCUGCCACACUGACGCCUACACACUCUCGGGAUCCGACCCUGAAGGUGCUUUCCCUGCUAUUCUCGGCCACGAGGGUGCGGGCAUCGUCGAGUCGGUCGGUGAAGGCGUCGACCACGUCAAGGAGGGCGACUCGGUCAUCUUGCUCUACACGGCCGAAUGCCGUCAGUGCAAGUUCUGCAAGUCCGGAAAGACGAAUCUCUGCCAGGCGGUACGUGCUACACAGGGUCAGGGUGUGAUGCCAGACAAGACCAAGCGAUUCAGCUGCAGGGGCAAGCAACUCUUCCACUUUAUGGGGUGCUCCACCUUUUCGCAAUACACGGUCGUCUCGCAGUACUCGCUGGUUGCUAUCGACCCAAAGGCGCCACGUGACAAGACGUGUCUGCUCGGAUGCGGUGUCACUACCGGCUGGGGUGCUGCUACGCACACCGCCAAGGUCGAAAAGGGAUCCACGGUAGCCGUCUUCGGUAUUGGCUGUGUCGGUCUUGCCGUCAUCACCGGGGCUGUGGAUGCUGGCGCGGGUCGAAUCAUCGCCAUCGACACCAACGACCAAAAGGAGUCAUGGGCCAAGAAAUUUGGCGCGACCGAGUUCAUCAACCCCACCAAGCUCGGCGACAAGGACAUCGUCUCGCACCUCGUCGACAUCACCGAUGGUGGGCUGGAUUACACUUUCGACUGCACCGGCAACGUCAAGGUGAUGCGAAGCGCUCUCGAGGCAUGUCACAAGGGAUGGGGUGUCAGCACUGUGAUCGGAGUGGCUGCGGCUGGGCAGGAAAUCGCUACGCGCCCCUUCCAACUGGUUACCGGUCGCAAGUGGCAAGGCUCCGCUUUCGGCGGUGUCAAGGGUAGAUCCGAAUUGCCCGGGAUCGUACAGAGAUACCUCGACGGCUCCUUCAAGGUGGACGACUACAUCACCCAUACCACCGACCUCGACAACAUCAACAAGGGCUUCGAGUACAUGAAGCAGGGAGAGUGCAUUCGAUGCGUCGCCAACAUGUCGUAG